GAUCCUGGGGGGUGAGCCCCACAGAGGCUAGUCCUGAGCACGCCCAGCUCCGCUACCACCAUGUCUCUGACCAAGGCCGAGAGGACCAUCAUCCUGUCCAUGUGGGACAAGAUCUCCACCCAGGCCGAUGCCAUUGGCACCCAGGCCCUGGAGAGGCUCUUCGCCAGCUACCCCCAGACCAAGACCUACUUCCCGCACUUCGACCUGCACCCAGGCUCGGCGCACCUGCGCGUGCACGGCGCCAAGGUGGUGGCCGCGCUGGGCGAGGCGGUCAAGAGCAUCGACAACAUCAGGGACGCCCUGGCCAAGCUGAGCGAGCUGCAUGCCUACAUUCUGCGCGUGGACCCGGUCAACUUCAAGCUCCUGUCGCACUGUCUGCUGGUCACCGUGGCCUCGCACUUCCCCGCCGACUUCACCGCGGACGCCCACACCGCCUGGGACAAGUUCCUGUCCAUCGUGUCGUGUGUCCUGACCGAGAAGUACCGCUGAGCGCAGCUGCCCGACCGAGGGCGGGCUGGGGCCCCUCCACGCUCCCACUCUGGGCCCUUCCCUAACCCUCCAGCCUCCCACCGACAGCCAAUAAACGAAUGCACGUC